CAGUACCAAUGGCUAGACCAAGGAGUGUAUUUACCAUUUUGACAGUACUUGUGUGUAUUCAGCACGCUUUCGCACUCAACAAGGUCAGUAAUGUUCCCUAUGGCAGCAACAUACCAUAUCAGGGAAGUGGUAGUGGUCCAGGAGCUGGACCUUUAUGGCCAACUUAUCCAGGAGGCAAUAUAGGUAGUGGUCAAGGAGCUGGACCUUUAUGGCCAACUUAUCCAGGAGGCAACGUAGGUAGUGGUCCAGGAGCAGCACCUUUAUGGCCAACUUAUCCAGGAGGCAAUAUAGGUAGUGGUCCAGGAGCUGGACCUUUAUGGCCAACUUAUCCAGGAGGCAACGCAGUUAGUGGUCCAGGAGCAGCACCUUUAUGGCCAACUUAUCCAGGAGGCAAUAUAGGUAGUGGUCCAGGAGCAGCACCUUUAUGGCCAACUUAUCCAGGAGGCAAUAUAGGUAGUGGUCCAGGAGCUGGACCUUUAUGGCCAACUUAUCCAGGAGGCAAUAUAGGUAGUGGUCCAGGAGCUGGACCUUUAUGGCCAACUUAUCCAGGAGGCAACAUAGGUAGUGGUCCAGGAGCAGCACCUUUAUGGCCAACUUAUCCAGGAGGCAAUAUAGGUAGUGGUCCAGGAGCUGGACCUUUAUGGCCAACUUAUCCAGGAGGCAACAUAGGUAGUGGUCCAGGAGCAGCACCUUUAUGGCCAACUUAUCCAGGAGGCAAUAUAGGUAGUGGUCGAGGAGAUGGAACUUUAUGGCCAACUUAUCCAGGAGGCAAUAUAGGUAGUGGUCCAGAAGAUGGAACUUUAUGGCCAACUUAUCCAGGAGGCAACAUAGGUAGUGGUCCAGGAGCAGCACCUUUAUGGCCAACUUAUCCAGGAGGCAAUAUAGGUAGUGGUCCAGGAGAUGGAACUUUAUGGCCAAAUGGUUUGGGCGGCAAUAUAGGUAAUAGUCCAGAUGGUUCAUGGCCGGGAGCUGGUCUUGGUUUGCCAUAUGGUUUAGGAAGCGGUGGUGGUGGUGACCCUAUCAUUGCAGGACCAACAUCUGGACUUGGUGGACCAUAUGGGUACGGAGGUAAUAAUGGUGGUGGAUUCGGUGGACCAGGAGGAUCUGGAGCAGGAAGAUGGUGGUGUACCUGUCGCAGCUGGUCCUGUCGUCAGGGAGAAAUACAAAUCAGCAGUCAAUGUCGUCUGCCCUUCUAUUCUUGGUGGGACAGAACAUGUUGUAAAUUGCUGCCAUGGUGGGCUUCUAAUGCUUCCGGUUAUGGCGGUUACCGUGGCUAUGGUAUCAACAGACGACCUUACGAUGGACUAAUUGGAGGCAUGCGUAAACCAAAGGCUUACUAAAUACGAC